GUGUCCGCCUCUGUGCCACGUAUCCACCGCUUAAGAGGAGAUAUCUCAGAUGUGGCUCUGCUUGAGCUAUUUCUUUACAUUUCUAACAGCUUCUCCCCAGUCCCUAUUUUUCCUCAGUACUAAUUAUGUUGUCUACAGUCUCCCCCUCAUGCCCCUGUCUCCCUGCCCCUGUGCUCUCUUUCACUUGCCUGCACUAAUCCUUUUGUUAUAGACUGAGGGGCCCAGGCUUUUACUGAUCAUUCGGCACUGUAAGGACUGGUUCACCUCCGAACUGUCCUGUUCACCGUCAGAUCAGUUGUGCCUAUUAUUAGCACCUCCCUUGUCUAGAAAACAUCAUUGCCUUUCUUAGUAGCCUUCUGCCGUUAUUCACCUUGAUACAGUUCUCUCUCUCUGUUUUCUUGUUUUCCGUGUAUCACUUCCUUGUCAUCUCAAACCCCUAGCCAGUCCUGGGAGUGUGAGGGAGUUUGACAACCUUGGUAGGAACAUGCACUUCAUGAGCAGUACUUGGUGUUUGCUGCUGCUACUGCUGUAUCUUUGUCCUCUUGGGAGAAUGCUGGAAGUGAAAGGGCAGGAGCAGGGGUACCUGCAGGAGGCUCUCAGGGCCUUGAAUCUGCCCCUGGGGCCGGACAACAAGGCUCAACUCCAGAAGAACAGAACCAGUGUACUGAUCACCACACUUCUCCGGGCAGUGCGCUGCACAGAGCGGACGGGCAGCUCUCAGGACAUGUGUGAGAAGUGCCUGACACCAGACAUAGCCCUGUCCGUGCUGAAGGAUGAUGGGAAGGAUGUCCUCACUGAGGAGAACUACCAGCAGAUCUCGACUGUCCUGCUGUACUAUAUAAUUAACUUUCAAGACCUGUGUGUGUCAAAUGCUGCCCCCUCUCCUUCUUUCUUUUCCUCCUCAUCUGGGAACUUUCAGUUCUAUCUUCUGGCCCUCACUAACUUACAUCCAGCUGAAGACAACAGCUUCCUUUCAUCCAAUGAAACAGAAAGUAUCCUGCAGGUCAUCAACCAGCACUAUGAGCCAUCCAGCCAACAUAUACUCUCAAGUUCCCAAUGCAUUGAUGCAGCUCAUCUCUUGGAAGAUGCUGAUGUUAAGGGAAAUCCAGGUGCUGGUACAUCUGCCGUUCCCAGAGUGGCCGCAGCCAUCAUUAGCCAUAUUCUCCAAGGCCACUGUUUCAGAAAGAGAAACCUGCCACCCCCUGCCUUCUUUACAGACUAUAUCUUUCAUUCUCUUAACUGCACAAGUAACCUGCAGAUUAUGGACCUGGAGGAGUUGCUUCGUCAGCUGGGAGUGGGACGGGAAGGAGGGAUGCACUCUCGCAACAGGAAGAGACGAGGCAUCAGUGGAGGUUCAAAGAAGGUGGCUAGGAAUUUGCAAGACAGCUGCAACCCCGAAAUUGAAGGAAUAAACAGUGACUGGGCAGAGGUAUGUUUUUCAGCCAAUCAGCUGGUGGAUAUUUUUGCUCUGGAUCCUCAUUUGCCGAUUUCCAAGGAACACUUCAGACAAAUUUGCCCAGCCAUCAUUCAGCAGUUGCUAGGCAAUGCCUGUGAGCCUGAAGAGCAACAAACAAGAGGAUCUCUGCCCACAGCUCUCGAGAAGUAUGGCUACAGCACAGCUGCUGUCUUUCUCAUCACGGUGGGCUCCAUGUUUGGUAUCUGUCUGAUCUUCUUCAACUCCUGCCAAGAAACCUACUCACUAAUCCUCCAGCUGUUUGUCGGUCUGGCAGUGGGAACCCUGUCAGGAGAUGCUCUCUUGCACCUCAUACCACAGAUCCUUGGCCUCCAUCACAGCACCCACAAUCAUGGUGAUGAGGACUAUGAUGAAGAAAAACAGUAUUUGUGGAAGAUCUUGGGAGUGAUUGCUGGGAUUUACAGCUUUUUCCUCAUUGAAAAACUAUUCUCCUUUUUAGUCCCUUCUCAUAGUCAUGGUCAUGGUGACCUUUCCUUGAGCUGCAAUGGUCACUCACAGAGAGGCAAGUCUAUUUCCACUAUACAGCUGGGACCCGUGGAUGACUUGGAGUGUACAGAAAUGUCUCCUGAGCAUGCAAACACAAGGCGUCCUUCACAUCCUAGACAAGGGGUUUCUCUGCUGGCUGUGAUGGUAAUUGUGGGAGACAGUCUUCAUAACUUUGCUGAUGGCCUGGUUAUCGGGGCAGCUUUCUCCUCUUCAUCUGAGACUGGAAUGGCGACCACUGUGGCCAUCCUGUGUCACGAGAUUCCACAUGAGAUGGGUGACUUUGCAGUGCUGCUCAGCUCUGGACUCUCAGUGAAGACUGCUGUGCUAAUGAACUUUCUCAGCGCUCUGACGGCCUUCAUGGGGCUCUACAUCGGACUCUUUGUUUCUUCAGAGACAGAAGUGCAGCAGUGGAUCUUUUCUGUCACUGCUGGGAUUUUUCUCUAUUUGUCAUUGGUGGAAAUGCUUCCAGAGAUGAAUCGAGUAAAGACCGACAGACCGUGCCUCAUGUUUUUCCUCCAGAACCUCGGUCUCCUGUUGGGUUGGGCCUGCCUUUUGUUGCUCGCGCUCUUUGAACAUGAACUCAAAUUUUAAAUGCAGUGUGCAUCUUCCUCACAGGGUCGAGCCAAAACAAACGCCGAGUCAUACUAGAGUUUUAAAUUUCCAUUAACUGGUUUGUUAUCAUCUCUUAGCAUGUGCAACCAGUAGAUUUGAAUAAUUAUUGCUGAUGAUGUUGUAGUCUCAAAAAUGGAUCAGAUAUAUGUACUGUGGUACGAAGCCUGUCUUUUUUUAUACUUGAUGAUUUAUUUUUGUAUGUUAGGUACAGUGUGUGUGCCUGUUUAUGGACUGUAAAUGUCUAGUUUUAUUGCCUUUUUGGUAGCAGCAUCUGUUGUUCAUGUUGCCUCAGACAAUCAAAUUCAAUGAUCAAGAAUAUAUUGUAAAGCUCCCUUUUUAUUAACUUUUUUAUUUAUUUUUGUCCAUUGCCUUUAAACUGAUGGAAAUUUUAAUUGGAAAAUUAAUAGAUUAAUUUGGGUGUUGUUGAUAUAAUGAUGCAGAUGAUUUGAGGGACAUUUUACUUGAUGAGCUUGUAAUAGCCACAUCCAAUUUCCAAAUCAUAUGGGAAAACACAGAUGGUUUUAAAUUUGUACACUUAAUUCCAAUUAAAAGUAGCACUAAAGUUUUUCAGUAUUGCUCUUCAACAAUAUUGUCACAUUGAAAGAUAAUCCCUUUGAGUCUCCAUUCAAUGUAUUUCUAAUUAAUUCCUUUAUUUAUUUAUUUUGCAAGAUAUAAACCAAAUUAUAAAGACUUGUGCUUUUCAGGAAUUCCGCAUAAUUUCCUGUGUGUUUGGGCGACUUCUAAAUAUACACAAACUAAUUGGCUUGAUGAGAAACUAAUAUUAGGAACAAAGAAAAGGAUUUAAGCCUCUUUGUCAGGCACAAGCUGGUAUCAUUUACAGUUAUUUUUGAAGCCCUAUUUUGAAAAACAUUGCUCCGCUUCUGCUUCUCAUCUCAGAGGCAUUGUUCUUUGUUUUUUGAGGCCUCUCUGUGAUCCAAUAUGAGGGCACUUCCACCCACCUGAGCUACUUGUUCUCUUCAUCCACCAACCUGGAUGACUAACGCUCAUCACUGUGCAAGACAGAAACUCCGCAGCGAUCCGACCCACACAGAGCACACGCUCUUUACCGGUCAGAGUGGGCUCGCAGAAGGAGGUGGAGGAAGAUGGGAAUGUGAUGAAUACAUAAGCACAAUGAAAUAAAUGAAACAUGGCAAAUCAACUUAUUUGUACAUAAAAUUGGAUUUGUGAUACUGAAAGAGCGAGUGGGAUUAAA